AUGGCUCACCUAGAAGCAGCAGCAAAUGCUGCAGCAGCAGCAGCAGCAGUGGAUGCAGCAGCAGAGGGUGCAGCAGCAAUGACUGCAGCAGCGGAUAUUGCAGCAGCAGCAGCAGCAGCAGGCGAUGAGGCCGCAGACUUGGAUGGGCUGACUAAGGCCACUAUCGCAGCAGCAGCAGCAGCAGCAGCAACAGCAGCAGCAGCAGCAGCAACAGCAGCAGCAGCAGCAGCAGAUAUCGCAGCAACAAAAAUAAUAGAUACAGAGAUAAAUGAGUAA